CCCCACACCCCCCGUGCAGCCCGGCGGAGCUGCGCAGGGCCGCCCGGGGCGGACAUUGUUGUCAGCGGCCUCACAGCGGCACAGGAUGCCGGUUCGGAUGGCGGGGCGCAGUGUAGAGAGGACGAGGCGGUGAGAGCCGUGCCAGGCGUGAGCCUCCAGGGCGGCACGGCCCCGCCCGCCCCGGCCCCGCCUGACCUGCGCCGGCUGCUGCGGCGCCUGCGCGCUCGCGCGGGGACAUGGCGGCGGCGGCGGCUGCGCGCGGGGCCGCGGCAGGGAUCCUGGGCCGCUGGGCUCCGUGGGUCGCACGUUGCCUCGGCGCGGGGCCCGCUCUCCCCGGCCUCACCGCACGCUGCGUCGGGUAUGUGCGGACGCCAGCGGCGGCCCCGCUGUGGAAACCGCGGCCGCUCUGGGGGAGCCUGCCCGGGGGCGGCCCCCCUUCGGCCCUCUGCAGUGUUGCUUCUCUGCUUCCAAGCAUCCUUCAGCAGCCAGCACGGACUCUGACGUACUAUAGCCUGCGGAAGGGGAAGAGGAAAAGUGUGAAGUCUGUGGUGAAGAGGUUUCUGCGGCUGCACAAUGGCCUCUGGGUCAGGAGAGGGGCUGGGUAUAAGAAGAGACUGUGGAAGAAGUCAGCUGCCCAGAGGAGGCGAUUGAGAGAGCUGAUGCUGUGCACUAGGACACAGUGUAAACUCCUUGAUAAAAUGACCACUUCUUUCUGGAAGAGGAGGAACUGGUACCUGGAUGAUCCCUACCAGAAGUAUCACAAUCGCACCAACCUUCACCUGUAAGAAUUUGGGGUUCCUUGUGGCAUUGGCUGGGACAGAGGUGGUGAAGUCUGUGGUAUGGCCUUGAUUUUAGACCACAAAGCUGUACUAUCUGUGUUUUUGUAAAGAGAGGUGUAUGGCAGCUGGUCAGGAUGAUGGGUGUCAGUGCCCACAAUAAAAGAACAUUCAGCAUUUAA